GGCUCCGGUCCCGGCGGGGAGGAGGAGGAGGAGGAGGAGGGAGGAGGGGGGAGCCGGUGUCCGCCUCCUCUGCGGGAAAACGGGGCCCGGGGAUGAGCUCCUGAAGCCUGCAGCAUCCUCCCCCAAAUCAAGAUGACGACUGCUGCACCUCUGAUCAAUAACACUCAGUUCUCAGUAAAUGUGACCACAAAGUCUCAAGAACAAAGUCUCUAUCAAAGUUCUGGAGCAAUAGUUGCUGCCAUCGUAGUAGGAGUGAUUAUUAUUUUUACAGUGGUUCUGCUCAUAUUGAAAACAUAUAACAGACGCAUGAGAGUGAAGAGGGAGCUGGAGCCCAAAAGCUCCAAACCAGCAAUGCCACCUGCCUUGGGGCACAACAGCACCAGCCUGUCCCAGCAUCCUACAGUGACUUUCAUACCAGUGGAUAUCCACAUGCAGAACAGGUAACUGGGAACGCUCGUCCUCCCUGGGAGAGAGGAGAGGUGGAAUUCUUAUUUACAUGGACCUGGGACUCCUCAGCAAAGCCACGCUGCAUUUGGAAUAGCAACGAGCUGUUCUUCGGUCUAAUUAAUCCUGCUUUCUCUCUUUGGGAGGAGAAAUAAGGUCUGGACAUGCUUUGUAUGACUGAAAUCAACUGGUGGAGACAUACAGAUCAUCAGAAGUGCAGCGAGCCUUCUCACAGAGCUCUGGGUAUGGAGAGACUGGAUAAACCAAGCCCAUUCCUUGGAAGAAAAGAUGCACACUUGUAUUUGGUGGAGCCUUUGCUUGCUCAAGAGAGUUUGAGCUUUUUCUGUUCUGCAAUGACUGGAAGAAAAAUUUGGACAUGCAAGCUACAACUCAGGUUGGACCUGGGUUUGUUAUGAUUUGUGUGAAGCAGGUUUUGUAGUCUGUUUUAUCCGUGAUGGACAGUACAGGAAGUAUCAAAAUUGUAUUUACCUUUGCUCACUUUUCAUGUUUCUAAUGCCACAAUGUGUAUCCUUUGAGAGAAAAAAGGCUACUUUUUAUUUUCAAGUGUUUUAAAAAUAUUUCUAUAAACUCGGUAACCUGUCCCUUUCCAAA